AUGAGACAACAAACCUGUACUUAUUUGAGAGUCCGCAAAAGACCCGGUCCCAAAGGGCCUCGAUCAGAUACCACCUGCAAGAUCGAAGAGAUCCAACGAGGAGCCACGGCAGAUGUUGAGAUGGUUACUCCAGCAGCCGAAAGCCCAGUCCUUCACGCUUCAAAUUCUCGCAUUCCGAUUUCGACUUACUAUGCGGUGUUUGAUGUCUUUCAAGCGCGCGUUCAUGAUAUCUGGCCGAUCGCCGAUAUUGAGCAGUUGAAAUGUCAACUCCAGAACUCCGAUAAUGAUCCCCUUUCACACGCUCUGGCAGCUGCCUUGUGCGCUGCGACAUUAGCACAACUUCGCCUUGGGCUCACACCAAAUCCGUGCCCUCGAGAUCUCUCUGCUACAGCCGAAGACUUUGCCAAAGAAUGCCUCCGCAUUCGACUGGAACAUCACUAUCAUCAAAAGCCAUCCUUGGAGGCCUUGAUUACAUCCGUCUUCCUUCAUAUGUACUAUGCCAAUCGAGAUCAGAUCACACCGGCUACAAUCUCGCUCCGCGAGGCUAUCACCUACGCAGACCUACUGCAUCUAGGUCAUACCCCCCAUCCGAUCAAGCGCAGUCAAAGAAGUGGCAACGGGAACUUCGAUGUUAUUGGAUCUUAUUUGACGUUUUGCAUCCAACAUGAUCUCCCAAUCACACUCCAAAGAAUACCAAAUCUCCCAGAAAUCGAAUGUGAUCCCUCCCAGGGAAAUCUAUAUGCAGGAUUCUGCGCUCUUGUUCAAUUGUUCUUGCAUAUACAGCGUCUCCUUAUUCUACCCCUGACGACAAGCAAAGCUAUCGAGGCAACAGAUAUGUAUUCAAAAGAUAGUAUAUCGGAUAUUCAACAACAAAUACAAGUCAGAAUGCCUCGACUCGAAGUCACUUCCGAAAUACAGUAUGUGGAUAUUUUGACUACUUCAGCAUGGGUCCGUUCGUUGCUGUGGCAGUACUCCGCUUCUCGCUUCAUGCUCUCCUCGUCCACGUCUAUCGAGCCGCUAUCAUUUGAAUACCCGCUUUUGAUUGCCAAGGAUUAUUUGGAGUGCCUUUCACACGUAUCCAUAGAAUCUUUGCGUAGCCACGGAUACGGCAUGAGUAUCAGACUUGUCGCAUUGGGCCUUUUGAUGCAGUUCUUGCAAUCGAACAAUUAUUGUCGCAAGUCGGAGGGAUAA